AAACAAUUCUUAUCGAAGCAUUUGGAAACCCCCUUCUUAUUUCAAGGUCUUCGCGCAUGCGCCUGAGACAGUCUUGUUUAGGAGAAGAGCGACAGAAAUACUUGUCGUCUGUCAAUAAAGCGUGUUCCGUUCGAAAAUGCCGCCGAUCAAAAAUCCUCCCGUGAAAUUCACGCAAAUCUUCAUCAACAACGAAUGGCAUAAUUCGGAAAGUGGAAAAACCUUCCCCACCUUUAAUCCUGCAACUGGAGACAAGAUCUGUGAUGUUCAGGAAGCAGAUAAAGCCGAUGUGGACAAGGCUGUGGAUGCAGGUAGAAAGGCUUUCAAACUGGGUUCUACUUGGAGAACAAUGGAUGCAUCGAAUCGGGGCAGACUCCUUCUCAAAUUGGCCAACUUGAUCCAGAGAGAUUUCGACUACAUCACCAGUUUAGAAGUUCUAGACAAUGGAAAACCCUAUGUAGAAGCUGAAUUCGAUAUCCAAGCUGCCAUCGCAACCCUAGAAUAUUAUGCUGGUUACUCAGAUAAGUUUCAUGGAAAGACCAUACCUGCAGACGGCGACAUCCUUUCCUUCACCCGACUUGAGCCUAAAGGUGUCUGCGGUCAAAUUAUUCCUUGGAAUUAUCCAAUGGUCAUGUUGAGCUGGAAGAUAGGUCCGGCCUUAGCCACUGGCAACGUGGUCAUCCUGAAACCAGCUGAACAGACUCCACUGACAGCCCUCUACUGUGCCAGUCUCAUCAAGGAAGCUGGCUUCCCACCCGGUGUGGUCAACAUUCUUCCCGGUUAUGGUCCGACUGCGGGGGCUGCCAUCGCUUCACACCCGAGAGUGGACAAAGUGGCCUUCACAGGAUCGACGGAGAUAGGGAAAUUGAUCCUAACAGCAGCCGGGACAUCGAAUGCGAAGAGAGUGACCCUAGAAAUGGGUGGUAAAAGUCCACUGGUUAUUUUCGAUGAUGCAGACGUGGAUGAGGCGGUUGAGAUAGCGUAUGGAGCUCUUUUUGCCAAUAUGGGUCAAUGUUGUUGCGCCGGCACUCGGACAUUUGUCCAGGAAAAGAUCUAUGAUGAGUUUGUGAAGAAAAGUGCCGCCAAGGCUCAACAGAGAAUUCUGGGAGAUCCUUUCAACACGGAAACCAAUCACGGACCACAGAUUGAUGGUGAUCAAUUGGAUAAAAUCCUGGAUUUGAUUGAUUCGGGAGUAAAGGAGGGUGCGAGGUUGGUGUGCGGGGGUAAGAGAGUAGGGGAGAAGGGAUACUUUGUCUCCCCCACCGUCUUCGCUGAUGUGAGAGACGGGAUGAGGAUCGCCAAGGAGGAGAUCUUCGGUCCCGUUCAGCAGAUCCUGAAAUUCAAGACACUGGAUGAGGUGAUCGAGAGAGCAAACGACACAUUCUAUGGUCUGGGAUCUGGAGUGAUCACCAACAACCUCAACACUGCACUCACAUUCGCACAAUCUGUACAAUCAGGAUCAGUAUGGGUGAACUGCUAUGAUGCAACAAUGCCGCAGACGCCCUUCGGUGGAUUCAAAAUGUCUGGUCAGGGGAGAGAGUUGGGUGAAGAUAGCUUACACGAAUACUUAGAAGUCAAAACAGUCACUAUCAAGAUUCCUCAGAAAAACUCUUAAAAAGCCAUUCGAAUCUUAAAUAGUGUAUUUUUGCAACGAAUGCCAAAACUUGUGAUUCCUACAGAUAUUUUUGAAUAAAAUGGAGUUAAAUGGAA